AUGAACUAUGCAAACUCUCUUAAAACAUAAAUUACUUUUAUUCCUAUCAAAUUAUCAUUAGAUUUAGGUGUAGAAGCUCAAGUUUUCUUAAAUUUUAAUUGUGGCUCGCAUUCAUUAACUACUUAAAAUGGAUGUAUAUUUUAAUAAAGAGAAUGUAAUUUCGAUUAUCAAUAACUUAAAAUUGUCACAACUAUGAAUAUGAAGAAGGGUAAAUUUCAAGAAAAGAAAGUAUGUAGAUAAAUUUAAUAAGGCUAAAGUUCGUGUUAUUCUACAUUAUAAAAAUAGCUAUAAAAAAGCUGGAAAAAUUAACUUUGAUAUUAGUGAAUAUAUGAAUUAAUAGAUGUAAUAAGUAUAAGAUGAAAAAAUACUCACAGAUUGUCCUGAUUCUUCUGCUAUAUUAAAAUUUUAACUUAAAUUUAAAUAAGCUGUUUUAAAUAAAAGCAAACUCUUCUCUGAUAUCCAAUAAAAUUUAUUAGAACCAUAAUCUUUUGUUAAAUCUAUUAUCACUCUACCUGAUGGUAUAAAUGGAAAAAACUUAGAAAAAUGCAAUAAUUGUUUAAAAUUACAAGAAUAACUUUAAGAAUUAAAAGCUUAACUUUAAUCAAACUCAUAAAGAAGCACACUCUCAUAAAGAGAUAGUAUUUAAAUUAGUAAAUUUUAAAUGUUAGAAAAUGAAAUUAAAUGCUAAUAUCAAAUAGAAAGAGAACUUAAAUCAUUUAUAGAAAGUUUAGGUAUUUUUUAUAUCAUUAUUAAUAAGAAUAAGAAUUAUUAAAAUAAAAAAGAAUUGUUGCAUAAAUAAUGUAAGAAUGUCUUUAAUUGGGAGAUUCUAAACUGAUAGAACUAAUCGAGAACAUAAUUUAAUAAUAAUGA